UCGUGCGCUCACAUUUCUUUUAACAUGGUUGUGCGGUGUCGAGAUUCUCAACAUCCCACUGGAGUGCACAUCACUGAGCUCAGCGGCAUAUCUGCAUCAGCGCUGCCUGCAGUCACACAGUGUCAUCACGCACUCAGAGCUUUCUGCAAAAGAACAAGUGCAGGGAAACUGAGGCAACAAAGUCAACUCCAGAUUCCGACGUGACCGCGUGAGACGGACAGUUGCAGCUUCCCUGCAGAGACCAAAGCGCUGCUUCCACUGACGACUACGCGAAGUGUUCCAGCUGGAAACCCAGAGCAUGAAGAAAACUCAAAAUUCGGGUACAGCCCUGAAGAGGUCCUUUGAGGUAGAGGAUGUUGACACUUCAUCUCACUCUUCACCCGGCUCCCGUCGGACAACCAACUCCCCUCACCGUAACGCCAUGUCUCCCACCAGCAUCUACUACCGUGACCUCGGCUCCGCCGCCCCGGCCGCUAACAACAACAACCUCAACUAUACCCAGCCCCGCUCCAUCAUGGGUGGAGGAGGUUCCAAGACUCCCGAGCCUGUGUCCCGCCGUUCUGAACUCUCCAUCGACAUCUCUUCCACCAGUAAGCAGGUCGAGAAUGUCACCAGUCCUGCUUCCCAACGCUUUGUGAGCAACAGCGCCCUGAAACGCCCAGAAGUCCUGGGACACUCCAGGACCCCUGAGAUGAGCCACAAGAGGGAGGUAACUUUUGCCAAGACACCAACUGACUCCCCAGUGAUACGCCGCAGUGAGGGCAACUUGAACAACAACGGGACCAGCCGAGCCCCUGAGCAAAAUCACACCCGCAAGUUUGAGCCCCCUAGUCCCGGGGAUAUCCGUAAACCCGAUAUCAACAUCACCAGAGCACCUCCCGAGAACAAUGGGCACCAUCCAGCAGUGCACCACCCGCACCACCCGAACCCUCACCACAACACCAUCGUCACCACUUUCCGCUGCUCCUCGCCUAACCAUGGACGCAAAUCCCCCAACCCUGACAGGUCAGAGGUCAAUCUGAGCCAUAGCAACAUGUCUGAAUCCACCAAGCCCCAACCUCAAGCUAAGGGGGAGAAGACCCAGAGCAGCGACACCAGCUAUGUGGGUAUCGAUAACAUCCUGGAGCAAAUGAGGAGGAAGGCCAUGAAACAAGGCUUUGAGUUCAAUGUCAUGGUUGUGGGGCAAAGCGGGCUGGGCAAGUCCACUCUGAUGAACACACUGUUCAAAUCCAAGGUGAGCCGUAAGUCUGUGCAGCCCAACCUAGAGGAGAGGAUCCCUAAGACAGUCGAGAUCAAGUCCAUCAGUCAUGAUAUUGAAGAGAAAGGAGUGAGGAUGAAGCUAACAGUUAUUGACACUCCUGGCUUUGGGGAUCAAAUCAACAAUGAAAACUGCUGGCAACCCAUCAUGAAGUUCAUCAAUGAGCAGUAUGAAGUCUACCUGCAGGAAGAAAUCAACAUCAACAGAAAGAAAAGGAUCCCAGACUCCAGGGUCCAUUGUUGCAUAUACUUCAUACCUCCCACUGGCCACUGUCUUAGGCCUCUGGAUGUGGAGUUUAUGGGGCAUCUGAGUAAGGUGGUCAACAUCGUUCCUGUCAUUGCCAAGGCAGACACGCUCACCCUGGAGGAGAGGGACUCCUUUAAACAGACGAUUAGGGAAGAGCUGCGAGCCAAUGGGAUCGAUGUGUACCCUCAGAAAGAGUUUGAUGAGGAUGCAGAGGACAGGAUGCUCAAUGACAAAAUCAGGGAGAUGAUCCCUUUUGCUGUGGUGGGCAGUGACCAGGAGUACCAGGUGAACGGGAAGAGGAUUCUGGGAAGGAAAACAAAAUGGGGCACCAUAGAGGUUGAGAACAUUGCACACUGUGAGUUUGCUUAUCUGCGAGAUCUCCUCAUCAGGACACACAUGCAGAACAUCAAAGACAUCACUUGCAGCAUCCACUACGAGACGUAUCGUGUUCGUCGGUUAAAUGAAUCCAACGUCCUUUUCACCUCUCACCCGCCCGACCACCCUGCUGUUCAGCCAAAGGCCAACGGGCAGCCCGAGGAGCAGCCCGGCCCCGUGCAGGCAAACGGAGUUGCUGCUCAGCAUGAAGCCUUGUCCCAUGAGAUGUAGAGGGUCUAAUGUGGAGCCAAAUUGCCAAUUUAUGAUACCAGGACACAGCUCGGCGCAAAGCAUACACUCACUCACACAUAUUCUGUUUACAUAGACAAGCCCGCAUACACACAAACACACUCGCAUUCAUGCUGUGAAGAUCAUUUUUAUUACCAAAAAGGACUACCUAAUGACAUCUUUUAAUUUAGCAGGAAGUUAAAAGAAGCAUUGCGGAAAGUCAGUUCCUACAUUUUCCAUCCACGGAGCCGUUUUCUUAUCUUUUAACGUUAUUGCAGUUUAAAGCAAAAUCAUGUCCUCACUGUGACCCACAUCAUUUUACAGAACUUUUUUUUUUUUUCGUCUUCUUUUUCUGUCACCAUAACUGUCACGUCCAGUCUGCGUUCAGGAUUGUUUACAAAAAUCCACAGAAGUUGUCCAAACACAGAUAAUCACAAAUAUGGGUUAACAGAAGUGUUGGCCAUUCAAGGCUGCGCAGAUGUGGAGAAAUGUCUUAAUUCAGAGCAGAGUACAGCAUAUGAGAUGAUGGUAGAUUAGCUCUAAACUAGACCUAACUUAGUGCCACUGACCCAGUAUGACUUGUGUUGUGGUGUAUAGUAUUGUAUAUUUACUAGGGUUAAGUACGGAUACAUAGAUAUUGUUGACACCUCCGCAUUGUAGAAUUAAACAGACAGUGGUAGCAGUGUGGAGUAGUUUUUGAAAAAAUGAGUCUCGUAAUUUUUCCAUUGUCUCAGAAUGUUUUUAAAACCCUUUUUGCCAAACCAUACUGUUUCUUUCUAUAUAAUGCCAAUGUUGUGUAAUACAGUCGUUUUUGCAUUGCUCAUUUACUGUUGUAUUUUAAUUGCUAAUGUUCUUGUUCUAAUUUUAUUGUGUAAGUUGGGGGUGCAACUGUUGUCCCAUGCAGCCACUUUGUCCAUUUUUCUGACGAAAUAAAAAUCCUUUUUCUUUUCUAAAGAGAAGCACAUACAGUAUAGAGCUGGUUUUAUCAAUAGGUAUUUAUGUGUGUGUUUAAUGUAAUCAGUUUAAUUCAACUUUGAUUCCAGCUGUUGGCUUCCAGUUUGUUGCAGGUCUUAACCAGUGAUGAUAAUUUAGUUUUAGAAGAUGUUUGUUUUUUGUUUUUUUUAAUCAUACAGUAUUUUGUACGCUGUUUGUGAGACUGUACCGUACCUGGCAACCAGUAACUUUGCAAUAAUGGAUCAUUUUGUACAUUGAAUUUUAUUAUUUACAAUUAGUCAUGCCAACAGUUAAUGGGAAGACGGUGACUUUUACAUUGCAAGCUUAUAGCAUUUCAUCAGAGGCAGGUGUUCUGCCACAGCCGUGAGGGACAAUUUGUGCCUAAAUGCCUGAAAUGACACCUCUAAACAUUGCCUAAUGUCAUCAUAUUUCAGCAGCAACUGAGAAUCUUCGACAUUUUUUGAAAAAUGUGUCCAGUCCUAAAAGCUCACAGGAUAUUUUAUAGACUACAGCUGUAACUAUACCAUUCUAAUUUCCAAACGAGGGUCAACAAUAUAAUUGAAGUUAAAGAUAUUUUCAUUACUAAAGAGAAAAAGAAAACUAUUGUUUAUCAAGAGAAAGUUAUUGGAUUACACUGUUUACCGUUGUAUAGUUCUUGUGUAAUUUGUCAUGGUAUUAUAGAUUAAGGUUUUAUCUUUGAUAUCCUGUCUCAAAGAAUAAAGAUUGAUAUUUUUAUUGUUUAAA